AUGACAAGACUUACUGAUGAUACCGACCACGAGGCCGGCGAUACGUCCGACGCUAGGAAUUAUGAUAACUACUAUAGCAAAGGACUUCGGGCCAGGUGA